AUGCCAAAAUUGCCGGUAUACGGCCAGAGGCCAUGUGUCCUGCUCACUAAUGAUGAUGGUCCACCGUGUACUUCUUCGCCCAACAUCUAUGGAUUCUGUAGACUGCUGCAGGAGCGCCUGGGCUGGGAUGUGAGAGUGGUCAUUCCAGAUUGCCAGAAGUCAUGGGUCGGCAAGGCGUAUGCCAUCAGCGAGAUCAUUUCAGUAUCUUACUUCUACCCCUUAGCACCCGAUGGACUGAAUGGUGAGAUCUGUACCCAGUCUCGGCCCCUGAGAGACGGUGAGAGUAUGGAGUGGGUUCUACUUUCAGGGACCCCUGCAACAUGCGCGAAUAUCGCAUUGCAUAAUCUUUACCCAGGGGAGAUAGAUUUGGUGAUUUCGGGCCCUAACCACGGUCGCAAUUGCUCGACAGCUUUCGCCCUGUCCUCCGGUACCCUUGGUGCAGCUCUAGCCGCUGCACUGUCUAUACCCAUCCCUGGUCCCUCUACUUCUUCAAUAUCACUGCACGAGCACCACAUUCCUGCGAUUGCCUUGUCCUACGGCGUUGUCGAGCGGCCCGUACCUGAUAUCACUACUCGGCUCGCUCACGAAGUUUCCCUCGAGGUCAUUGAACGCUUGUGGGAGAAUUGGGGACACGAAGAUCAAGGCGAGAAGUUGGUUCAAGUGUACAGUAUCAAUGUACCACUUGUCGAGUCGCAACUGCAAAAAGACAAGCGCAGAAUAUGUUGGACGAGCAUGCGCCGGAAUGCGUACGGCCAGCUCUUCAAGUCGACACAGCUAGAACCCUCUCUCAACUGGUGGAAGCAAAAGAAGCUUUCGGAUGGCUCUGCGGCAUCCACCACAUCGUCGGCUGGUCCUGGAGCUUUACCGUCAGAUCCUGCGACCCCAGUCGAUACAGGUCAGACUCCUGAGCAGACAAAAUUCCACUUUGCCCCAGCCAUGGCGCCUCUUUUAACGCCCUCGCGUGACAAUCUUCCAUUCGGAACAGAUGCUUGGGCGUUUGCAGAAGGUUUCAUCGGUGUGACUCCAUUACGGGCAGAAUUUGCAGGAUUGACAGAUGUGUCCAGUAUUGGUGGCCCAGAUUCUUACGCCGGAAAGGAGUGGUCGGCAUAG